AUGGCCGACUCCCCACUCUCAACACCCGGCACUCCAACCACUGCGUCGCCGCAACCUUCCGACAGAAACGCCGCCCGCUCCUUCUCGCCCGCGCAGGACGACGCGCAGACGGGCGACAUGCAGGGACACGCCGAGGGUGCGCGGACGAGUGCCCCGGCGCCGAGUGUGGUGAAUGCGACGGGAUCAGCUGAGCAGGCCAUGGAACCCAAAGGGAAAGAGAAGGCGACCAAGGGGCCGCUGAAGCUGCUGGAUCUGCCCAUGGACAUCCUCAAGGAAAUCAUACACCAGCUCCCACACACCAACGACCUCACCUCGCUGUGCCUCUGUCACUCGGCCCUCCAUCGACUCACGAUCCCAUGCAUAUACUCGCGCUUCGACAUUGUGUGGCCUGACGAGAGCACCCACAACGAGCCUCGCGCUGGCGUCGAUGCUCUCACCUAUGGCCUCGCGACGCUGGUCAUGGGCGACGACUGCUUCCCCCACCAGAACCGGCUGAGGCUGCAGGGACAGACGCCGACUGCACUGCUGAGGACUGCCGCCAACCCAUACCCUGUUCCGCAGCGGCGGUUUGGCAACUACUACGGACAGUUUACCAAGAAGUUCUCUCUCGGCAAUGGACCGCAGGCAUGGGUUCAGGAAUACAUGAUCACCAAGGAAGGCGGGAAGAUGCUGGGGACCUUGGUGGCGCUUGCCAUUGCGCGCAUGAUCAAUCUGGAGACGUUCGUGUGGGAUAUGCCUACGGGUGUGCUUCGCGAUGUCUGGCUUGCGCUGUCGAGCCUCGCCCACCGGAGUGACGGUGAGGAAUGCCGUCUGGACCGCCUCUGGAUACGAUGGCACGACAACACAAUCGACGCGCCGAUCCCGCCGCCCGCGCCACCCAUGAUACUCAACAAUCAAAACCUCCCUCCACCCCCGAACGCUACACAUCCGAGUGGACUUGGCACCGUCCAAGCCCCCGUUGUUGUGGUACCCCCGUACGCACCGAGUAGCAUGUCUGCGCUUGAUCGAGUCGAACACCCUACCUUUUCUGCCAUACCUGCGCUCAAGAGUUUGAGUGUCUUGGACAUCGACGAGUUGCCUUACCUCGACGAGAUGAGCAUUUUGAUCGCAAGAUCCCAGAAGAAACUACGCGAACUGCGGAUCGGUAUCGCAGCCCAUGCACAACAGCGGGACUGGGUGACCGUCUGGGAGGGUGAAGGUCUUCAACAAGUCGACUACAACGCUACAUCGACUGCCGCGUGUUCAAUAGGAGAGAAAAGGCUAGGGGGCGUUCUCGGCAUUCUCGUUGGUCGCAUACACAACAUGCGCCAUUCGGAAGAACCUCCAACCCAGAAGUCCGGCGCUACCGGCGUCACAGAGCGAUCAGUAGAAGCAACGCCCGCCAAAUCGGCAGCCUCCUUGCCCCUGCCCUCCAUAGCCUCGCUCUCACUACAAGAACGCGACCCGGACCAGGAUGUGGAUCAUUUCGGUAAUCCGAUGGAAGAUAACUCCAUAACAGAGGGCGUUAGUCUCUUCAAUGACAAUCAGCCGUUUAGUGCUGGACAGACUGCGCAGGCUCCUGGUACGGAGAGAGUCGCUGCAAAGACACCUCCAUCUCGUGACGAGACUUCUGGCUCAGAAGAUGAGCCGCGGCUGAUUGGCAAACUGAAACUAGAAGUACUGGAGCUCGAACGCGUCCCUCUCUCCGUCCCAGUGCUUCGCAGAGCCUUCGAUUGGUCGAUUCUAUCGACAUUGACUCUUCUUCACUGCAGUAAUCACGAACAACUGUGGAAAAUACUACGGAGAACAUACACCCCUCGUCCCCCCUACCCUGGCUCACCGUCUUCAUCCAAGGCGUACAAGGCCUCCUACACCCUUCGAUCAGAAUACCAGCUCAACCUCAAGCGAAUACACACUAAUACAGUGUCUCCUUCGCUGAUCACGUUUCUCAAAGAGACACUGGCGCCGAAUAGUCUUGAAGUGCUCUUUCUCCAAGAAGGCCGCUCUUACUCGUCUACGGUCACAGUAGAUGCGAUCUACAAGGGGCCAUUGCGGAGACAUCGAGGAAGUUUGAAGAAGCUAAUGAUAGACAGUGGAGAGAAGAGCCCAGACGGACACACGACCAAUAGUUCAAGGUGGAGACGGUGGAUGCUGAACCGCGAGAUCCUGACAUACAUAACAAGCGGCCGUAUGAACAGCUUGCGGGAACUCGCAGUGUCCAUCGACUACAAAGACUGGCAUCACUUCCUCCAACGUCUCCCGUACAUCCCUCAUAUUCGCUCCCUGUAUAUCCCUUAUAUCGCCGAUCACGCCCAUGGCAGUAAUAUCGAUCCACGCGAACUCGCAUACCAGAUACUCGAUAUUGUGCACUUGCGACCGGAGAUAGAGCUCUGCUACAUGGGCCUAUCUACCAAGUGCUUUGAGAUUCUGGAAAAUCGACCAUCAAAUUAUGACCUACGACACGAUGGCAUGCAUGCCGAUGGUAGUGGAUCUGCAUACGCUACACAUGAUCCGAUGUUAUCCGACGACGAGAGCGAAGCUACGGAAGACGAAGACGACGAUGACAUGGACGAUGGCGCUAUGCCGCCCGGUGGUGAUGAGACCGAGAGCGAAGCAAGUGACGAUGUCGACGUUGAGAGCGACGAUGAAUCGUUUGUGCAGGACUCGCAAAAAGGUCCAAAGUUACGUGUUCGAGAGAUACUCUUCUACGAGGAACGAGUUGAGGCGUUUAGGAGGCGGCACGGCGUGCUGAGGCCUUGA